UUUAGUUAAGUCCCUGAUGCUGUGAACCUACAGAAACAAUGGAGGGAGCGGUGUGAUCGCGGAGGACAUGUUUCUGCCCAACACCUGCUGUUUGGAUUUGCACAAAUAUGGUUAUCAAGUUCUGGCAUUUGCUCUAGAUGGGAAGAAGGGAAACACACAAUGGAAGACAGAAGUGGGCCACCAUGUGCCGAAUCCUACCAAAAUAUGGCCUGGUCUUCUUCUUACUUGCACUUUUUGGCUUCAUCUUCCUGCUGCGCAACAUCAACCAUGUAGAGACCUGGAACUGCCAGACCUUUUCGACUCUGUAUCAGCUGCAGAACAAGAUCCAGUCAUCUUUCGUCUCAGGCAUCCUUCCCGCCCUUCACCACAACAGCACCUUCUGUGCUCGCCUGAGUCAGAAAGCCUCCCCUGAGGAUGAGCUGGAGGAGCGCUUCCUGCUGGACUCCAUCGCCUGGCCCAGCCCUCCACCUGCUGCUACACCCCCCAGCAUUAGGCAGACGAGUGACCCGGUCCACAGCUUCUUCAACAUCCUGCCCUCGAGAGAUGGGCAAGAUUGGCACGUGGGCGACCAGCUGGAGGUCCUGGUCCAGAUCCGAGACUUUCAGGGCCAUCCCAAGCACUACGGCGGGGAUUUCCUCCUCGCUAGACUGCACUCUCCCGAGCUUGGAGCGGGCGUGUCGGGGGUGGUGCUAGACCACAGGAACGGGUUUUAUUCAGCUUUGUUUCCGCUGCUGUGGGUGGGGCCUGCGCUGGUGGAGGUAACGCUGGUGCAUCCCAGCGAAGCCGUCGCUGUGCUGCAGCGGCUCAGGGAGGAACGGCCCGACCGCGUGUUCUUCAAGAGCCUUUUCCGCCUGGGGUUCUUGUCUGAAACCACUGUAUGCAACAUGUGCCUGCCGUCAGACGAGCAGCAGCCGCUGUGCAACUACACGGACCUGUACACGGGCGAGCCGUGGUACUGCUACAAGCCUAAGAUCCUCAGCUGUGACACCAGAAUCAACCACUUCAAAGGAGGCUACCUGAAGCAUCUCAUCACCAACAAGGAAGCCCUGCUGUUCCAGAGUGGAGUAAACCUCAAAGUACAAGUUCGUGCCUCAGGAAGCGACAGAAUCGACGUGCUGCCACAGAAAGACCGAGCAGACGAGGAGGCGGGCAGUCUGAAACCGGAGCAGCUUCAGCUCUCACCCUCUGGGUAUUAUUAUAAGGAGUCGUGGAGGCCCCUGAACGGCCCCACGGCGCGGGAGUUCAACCAGCUCUCUGCCACGCAGUGUUUGAAAAACAAGGUGAUCAACAUGUAUGGAGACUCCACGGUGCGGCAGUGGUUCGAGUACCUCAUCACUUUCGUUCCGGAACUGAAGGAGUUCAACCUGAGCAGUCCCAAGAACGUGGGGCCCUUCAUGGCGGUGGACACCACCCAUAACAUCCUGGUGAGGUACCGCUGCCACGGACCUCCCAUCCGCUUCUCCACGGUCAUGUCCAGUGAGCUGCGCUACAUCUCCAACGAGCUGGACGGCCUGUCAGGAGGUCCCAACACGGUGGUGGUGCUCAGCAUCUGGGCCCACUUCAGCACCUUUCCGGUGGAGGUCUACAUCCGGCGGCUUCGCCACAUCCGGCGAGCCGUGGUGAGACUCAUGGACCGGGCGCCGGGGACGCUGGUGGUGAUCCGCUCGGCCAACCUUCAGCUCCUGGACCAGGAGGUGAGCUUAUACAACAGCGACUGGUUCUCCCUGCAGCUGGAUGUAACCCUGAAGGCCAUGUUCAAAGGGCUGAACGUCCUGAUGGUGGACGCCUGGCAGAUGACCGCAGCACACCACCUCCCCCACGCCCUCCACCCGCCUCCAGCCAUCGUCAAGAACAUGAUUGAUGUGUUUCUGUCGUACGUUUGCCCAUGAAGUCAAAACCUUUAUUACCCUGAACUGAAGGUGCUGGUUCUACAGCUUCUAAACAGCGUUUCUCUGUUCGGUCCCUGAAGCGCUGAAGUGUUCCACUGAAACUUUGAGCAGCAUCUUCCCUCAGAGCUUUGCCUAAAUCUACUGGACUCAUCUGUGGCUCCAGGAGUUUUCCAAAUGCCAAAGACAGCCAUUGUGAACUUGCGAUCAGCCUCAUCCGCCCGACCUUCUGAUCCGUCCUAAGAAAUGUUUUUACCAAGAAAUUAAAGAUGUUUCUGAUUCUUUCUCAAA